AAUUUUUAGUUUUUUAAAGCAGCAGAACGUACAUUAUAGAUAAAGCAUAGAUAAAGAUAAGAAUAUGUUGCCGAGUGUUAUUUUUUAUAGAAGGUACAUACUUUUAACAACCGAAAAACCACGACAGCAUGUAAGUAACAAAACGUUAAAAAGAAUUCGCUCAACCUAGAGCAGCGGUUUCCUCUAGCGUAGCGUUUGAUAGCUGAGAAAAGACUGAUGCCACGUUCGAUAUUUAACCGAACGUUCUCCCGACUGCGCAAGUGCAUCAAGAAUAGGAAAAAGUGAUGAUACAAAACGACAUGCUAUCUCGCAAUUAUCGAGAAUUUGCAAAGGAAGUUCCGUAACGAUUUCGAUAAUUGACUCAAUCAUACUUAGGCUUGUGAAAUGUAGAUCGGUUCGUUUUUCUUUUCCUUUUUCUCGAAAUAAGCUCGCCGUUAAUUUCGCUCGAGCUGCACAUUACGGCAAAUAUAAAUCAUUCAAUAGGAACAUGUUGCAUCCCUCAGCACACUUCUCAAAUGAUUUCCAAGAGUCGAAUAAAAACUUCGCGAUGGAGUCAAAAAACAGUUAUUCGUUGUUCAUUCGCGUUUCAUCUUCGACAUGUAUCUGCAGGUUGAGGAGCACUACUACACGAUCAACAAAGCUUUUCUCAAAGCAUUAGGUAUCUGGCCUGUUGACAAAUCGUAUCUUAAUUUACUACAGCAAGUGCUGAUCUUCAUUUUGACCAUAACGUAUAUCGGCAUGCAGGUUGCAGCUUUUAUUACAACGAAAAUUGAUAUCAAUCUCUUUGUUAAAAUUAUGUCAACGACGUUACCUUAUGUGAUAGUUGAAGUGAUAUACUGCAGCUUCAUCUUCAAAUCGGAAACUCUGAUGCAAAUGCACCGUCGAAUCCAGGAAGACUGGGAAAUAUUACAUAGUAAAGCAGAAAAUGAAAUUAUGUUGAAACAUAUUCAGAAAAGCUUAACCUAUGAUAUAAUACUAUUCCUGCUUUCCGGUUUUAUAAUAUUCAUUGGAAUCGUUAUUCAGUUUUAUCCGAUUAUUCUCGAUGUUAUAUCGCCGCUAGAUAAGCCUAGAAUUCACAAACUUAUUAUAUCAGCGGAAUAUUUCACGUCAGAGAAUAAGUAUUUUUACACUAAAGUAUUGCACGAAUUCGUGAUCAUUGUGACGUUUGUCUCCAUAUUAUUAUCUACUGGGACACAACUGUUAACAUUUACCCAUCAUUGCUUGGGCUUGUUUAAGAUUGCCAGUUAUCGUCUGCAUCACUCCAUUGAAGAUAGUAUGUUACGAAUGUCAAAUUUAGAAUGGGAACAUGCAUUUUGCAAGAAGAUAACGCACGCUGUAAUUGCACACCGUAAGGCCAUGGAGUUCGCCGACUUUAUGGUGGCAUCAUUUAACAUAUCAUAUUGCAUAUUAACUAUUAUUGCAGUAAUUUCAUUAAGCUUCAAUAUAUACCAAUUUAUCGAUGCGAUAAAAGUCUCAAAUAACAUAGCGGACAUAUUGCUAUCUUUCUUUAUCUCACUAUUCCAUCUGAUUUAUAUGCUGAUGGCAAAUUAUUUAGGAGAGAUGAUCAGCGAUUAUCAUCGCGAGAUUUUUACGUCAUCAUAUGAUAUAUCGUGGUACGUAAUACCGAUAUCGUCACGAAAACUACUCUUGUUCUUGAUGCAAAAAGCCAGCAAGGAUUUUCACUUCAUGAUCGGCUAUAUAUUUGUGGCAAAGAUACAAAAUUUCGUCACGGUAAGUAAUGCUGAAAACACGAGACAACUCGACCGAGAUGUACAUGAAAUUGAUGUACAUGUUUUUCAGCUCGCGAAUACUGCACUAUCUUAUGUUACCGUGAUGUACUCUGUCCAAAGAUAAAUAAAUAAUCGAUAGAUAAAGCCUUAUCUUCUCUUAGAAAUGCGCACACGCACAGAUGCAAAAUGGACGGAAUUUGCGCUGUAUUAGAGAAAAGUAUACAGACUCGUAAGGACAAUUUCAAAAUAAAUUUUUGUAAUUCUCUCUAACACACGUCUAUGUACACAAUAAUAUUAGGUCUCUAUACUCACCUUAUCGACAAUAUGAAACAUUCGAAUCAUCUGUCGUUGAAACAAAUUGUUUAUACCGUUACUCACAAAAUACGACAUUCCAUUUUGUCUCGAAUUCAUCAUUUAAAAUCGCACGAGUUUCUAUCUAUUAUAUUUGUAUGACACUUAACAUUUAUGUAAAUAUAAUCACAGGAAAAGUCCGCCUUCCUUUAGUUCCUCUCGUCAAUAUCAAAUCAUCAUCAAUAGAUUAAAGAGCACUCAUUUGUAUUCUCAAAUUACGCUUUAAUCUCUAUAAUUUUUCCAAAUAAGAGGUGAUGCCAAGUGUCGUGUUUAAUGUUAUCAUCGUUAUAUAAUUAACAAUUUUAUCAACAUAUAAAUUGUUGAAUAUUGUAAAUUAAGUUCAACAAUAUCAAUGUAAUAUAUGUCUAG